AUGUGCCGUCAAGCCACCUGUGACAAAUGCAACAAGGCGACGUGGUACGGAUGCGGCUCGCAUGUCUCCACCGUCUUCAGCUCGAUCCCAAAAUCCGACCGCUGCAGCUGCGAGCCGAAGGUCGUCAAAGACGGGAAUGAAUAUCCGGUAGGUUCCCCCCCUCCAUGA